AGGGAGUAUAUUUGAGAGCCAGAACUUUGGAGCAAGUACUAUCACUACUUGUUUGUAGCUAAUUACCAAUAUUAUUGCAAACGCUGGCCAUGGCCAUGGAGAAGCAGCAGCUUCGCUUCUCCGUGCGCCGGCGAGAGCCCGAGCUCGUCGGCCCCGCCGCGCCGACACCUCGCGAGACCAAGCGGCUGUCCGACCUCGACGACCACGAGACGCUGCGUGUCCAGGUCAAGUUCGCUUUCUUCUACCGCGCCGGCGGCGAGCACGACGCGGCGGGCGUCGUCCGGCGCGCGCUCGGCGAGGCGCUGGUGCCGUACUACCCACUCGCCGGGCGCGUCCGGGAGGUGGAGGAGCGGAAGCUUGUCGUCGACUGCACCGGCGAGGGCGUGCUGUUCGUCGAGGCCGACGCCGACGUGCGGCUGGAGGAGCUGGAGGAGGACGGUGACGGCGGCGGUGAGCUGAGGCCGCCGUUCCCGUCCAUGGACCAGCUGCUGCUCGACGUCGAGGGCUCCGGCGGCGGCGUGCUCGGCUCGCCGUUGCUGCUCGUGCAGGUGACCCGGCUGCUCUGCGGCGGCUUCGUCCUCGCGGUCCGCGUCAACCACACCAUGUGCGACGCCAUCGGCGCCGCGCAGUUCCUGCUCGCCGUCGGCGAGCUCGCCCGCGGGCUCCCCGCCCCGACGGUGCGGCCUGCAUGGUGCCGCGAGCUCCUCGACGCGCGUAGCCCACCGGCGCCGUCGUUUCCUCACCGCGAGUUCGACGUCGUGCCGCCGCCGCCGCCGCCCGGCGACCUCGUGACACGCACCUUCACCUUCACGGCCGCCGACGUCGCCGCGAUCAGGGAAGGCCUCCCACCGCGCCUCCGCGGCACGGCGACGACGUUCGAGGCGCUCACGGCGUUCCUCUGGAGAGCCCGCACGGCGGCGCUGGAGCUCCCCGACGGCGAGGACGCGCGCCUGGUGGUGAUCGCGAACCUCAGGGGCGUCGCCGAGCUGAACCUCCCCGGCGGCUACUACGGCAACGCGUGCGUCGCCCCGACGGCGAUCACCACCGGCGAGGCGCUGCUGCGGCGCGGGUCGCUGGGCGACGCGGCGGAGAUGGUGCGGGAGGCGAAGGCGGCGGUGACGGCGGAGUACGCGCGGUCCGCCGCCGACGUGCUCGUCCUGCGCGGGCGGCCGCUGCUGGCGCUGUCGAACGUGUUCGUCGUGUCGGACCACCGGCACGCCGGGUUCCACCGGCUGGACUUGGGGUGGGGCGAGCCGGCGUACGGAGGCGGCGCCGACGUGGUGUUCGGGCUGGCCUUCCUCGUCUCCGUCAAGAACGGCGGCGGCGGCGGGGAGAGCGCGGUGGGCGCGCUGGUGUCGCUGCCGCCGCCGGCAAUGGAGCGGUUCGCGUCGGAGAUGGAGAAGCUGUACACGCGGCCCAACUAAUCCAUCCUUAAGUGGGCCUGGCCCAUUUAGGACCACAAGGAAUUCGGAUCGCCAAUUGGCCCAUAAUAGUUCAGACAUGGGUCCACGAAGCAAGAGAGUUUUGUACACCUUAAGUACCGACGAAGCACCUAGUAUGUACGAGGUUCAAAUAGUUGUAUACAAAUUCCACAAAAUUUGAGAAGCUAUAUAGAUUGUAAUGAUACAAGUCAAUCCACAAACAAGCAAAUAUAAAUUCAUCGACACAAUGGAGAAGCUGUACACUCGGCCCAACUAGGCCCAUCUGGUUCUCGCGAAGAGGGCCUGGCACAGAAAGGUUGAGAUUUGGACUUUCAACUAGGAGAAAGCUGUUCAACCUGCUGUUGCUCCUUGCAAUAUUUGAAGGUAUUGUGUCUAUGAAUUACCUGUACCUAAAAGCAUCCUUGUGCUUCAUUUAGUUAAAUCUGGGAUCUGAUCACUUAAUACCUAGUAAUUGAAGGUGAGGUGGUACACCUUUUUUUUUUCUUUUUUUUACUUUUGGGUAUCAAUGGUUCCUGCUUGUCAUACCAAUUCAGUCUUUUCCAGGAAUAAUGAGUUAACGACAAUUAACAAUGAUUUAUAUCUCGUUUCC